AUGAGUAAGUUGUUGGCUUCGCCGUUUAGUUCAUUACUCGCCGUCAUUUUCAUCUCCGUCGUCUCCGUCGUCCGAUGCUGCUCACCUUCCGAUCAAACGGCUCUUAAUGCUUUCAAGUCGUCGCUAAGCGAACCAAAUCUCGGCAUCUUCAACACUUGGUCAGAAAACACUAACUGUUGCAAAGAAUGGUACGGUAUUAGCUGCAAUCCGGAUUCGGGUCGGGUCACUGAUAUUUCUCUCCGGGGCGAAUCCGAAGACGCCAUUUUCAAGAAAGCAGGCCGGUCCGGUUAUAUGUCCGGUUCGAUUGAUCCGGCGGUUUGCGACUUAACCGCGCUCACUUCCCUCGUCCUCGCCGAUUGGAAAGGAAUCUCCGGCGAGAUUCCGCCGUGCAUAACCUCAUUAGCCUCGCUACGUAUCCUCGACCUCGCCGGAAACAGAAUUACCGGAGAGAUUCCCUCCGAGAUCGGAAAACUCUCCAAACUCUCUGUUCUAAACCUCGCGGAGAAUCAGAUGUCCGGCGAAAUACCACCGUCGCUGACGUCACUCACCGAGUUAAAGCAUCUUGAAUUAACGGAAAACGGUAUCUCCGGCGCGAUCCCGGCGGAUUUCGGAUCGUUGAAGCUUUUAAGCAGAGCGUUACUGAGUCGUAACGAACUCACCGGGUCGAUUCCGGAGUCUAUAUCAGGUAUGGGACGAUUAGCGGAUCUGGAUCUAUCCAGGAACCAUAUCGAAGGUCCGAUACCUGAAUGGGUGGGUAACAUGAAGGUACUCUCUCUUUUGAAUCUGGAUUCUAACUCGUUGUCGGGUCCGAUCCCGGGUUCGAUUCUGAGCAAUUCGGGUUUCGAGGUUAUGAAUUUGAGUCGAAAUGCUUUAGUAGGAUCCAUACCCGACGUAUUUGGGUCGAAAACCUAUUUCGUGGCGCUUGAUAUGUCUCACAAUCAGUUAUCGGGUCGGAUCCCGGAUUCGUUGACGUCAGCUAAGUUUGUGGGCCAUCUUGAUAUUAGUCAUAACAGGCUUUGUGGGCCUAUUCCAACGGGUUCUCCAUUUGAUCACCUUGAAGCGUCGUCGUUUAGUGACAACGAAUGUUUAUGUGGUGGUCCUUUGAUGAAGUCAUGUUAA